UGCUUUCUACCUACAAUCAAUCAAGUUAACAAACAAUGACAAAUUUGAAGCCUCUAACUCUUUUCUUAUUCCUCCAAGCUAUUUUUCUCAUAAUCUCAAUACCAACAACUUACUCUAGAAGCACUUUCCCAUCAAAAGAUGAAAAACUCUCACUUAUAGAAAACACUUGCAGAAAAACACCAAACUACAACAUUUGUAUUCAAUCUCUCAAACAGAAUUCUGGUAGUUCUGCAGCUGAUAUCACAGGGCUAGCACAAAUAAUGGUGAGAGUGAUGAAAGCAAAAGCAAAUGAAGGAUUGGAUAAGAUCCAUCAGUUACAAAGGGUGAGAAAUGGUGGAGCUAGGAAAGUUUUGAGUUCUUGUGGUGACAAAUACAGAGCAAUUUUAGUAGCUGAUAUACCUCAAGCUGUUGAAGCUUUGGAGAAAGGAGAUCCAAAAUUUGCAGAAGAUGGUGCGAAUGAUGCUGCAAAUGAAGCAAGUUAUUGUGAGAGUGAGUUUAAUGGAAAAUCACCACUUACUAUACAGAAUAAUGCUAUGCGUGAUGUUUCAGCUGUUACUGCAGCUAUGGUUAGACAAUUACUUUAAGUUACUUUAAAUUAUUGUCUAUAAGUUAAUUACUAUAUGUUAUGUGUAUGGAACUUGAUUAGUAGUGUUAAUUAUGUAAGUGUCUUCUAAUCUAAUAAAGUUAGUGCAUCUUCAAUGAAGAGAUUCAGUUAUAAUCAAAUAUGUAACUUUAGUAGGGCUCAUUUAAAGAAGUAUAUUGUCUCUCUUUGUUCAA